AUGUCUGAUCCUCAUAGCUUAAUUGCUACCUCCCGCUUUCACCAGCGCGUCACUCUCGACUCGAUAUGCGGAGAGUUAACCGUCUCUUUCGCCGACAUUGGGAGUCCCACAGGCCCCGCCCUGUUGUUUCUGCCAGGCAUGUUUGCAUCGCGGUAUCUGGGCAUCCCUCUGCACCCGCUCGCUGAACACGCCGGUGUGCGUCUGCUCGUCGUCGAUAGACCAGGAAUGGGCGCAUCGACAGAUGUUCCACCUGCGCAAAGAAUCGCCGCAUGGACCGACCUGGUGCCGCGGUUGCUAGCACAUCUCGGCAUUCCGCGCGUCAGCCUGGUCGCCCACAGUGCUGGCACAAUGUAUUUGCUUAAUACCUGGGCGAAAUGUCCAGAGUUGGUGAAUCCAGUCAUUACAUUUCUAGCUCCUUGGGUUGAUCUCGAGCACUCACGCGUUACGACGAUGCAAAUGGCACGGUAUGUGCCGACCAAAGCAUUCACACUAUGGCACCAUAUUCCGCGCUUCUUCGUCACGCAAGCUUCUCCCGUUUUAGCAACAAGCGGUGCUCUGUUCAAUCAACUGUCGUCAAGAAGUAGUAAUUCCACAGACGGUAGCGACCACUCACAUCCCAAUGCCGAAGACCAGGCCAUUGAACGCGAUGCCGGAAUUUCGCAGAAAGAUCUGGCCGAGCUCUUCCGCCUCGCCGUACCCUUAAUGUUCAAUGAGAACACGACGGGAGCGAAUAGCGAGGCUCUCCAAUGUCUUCGAAAGAGUGAUGGCCAGUACUGGGGUGCUUGUUCGGACUAUGCAGAAUGCGUUCAAACGAUAGCGGCCCGUGAAGCUUCGGCGGAGACUCGAGUUAGUGUUCGCGCCUAUUUUGCUGCCUCGGAUGCUAUGGUCGGUGAGCGAGGUAAGCUAUACUUUCAGCAGUGUUGGCAGGCACCCGGGUUAGAUGCGGUGGACUUUGUAUCGGAAACUAUUGAAAAAACGGAUCAUGAUACGGUAAUGCAGCUGGUGAAAGUAUGGGCAGAGAUAUUUGCGUCGGUGAGUGGAGUCGGCGGCAAUAAUGUAUAA